CAGUGUCGGUGCGCGCGCGAAAAAAGGCACGGCCAACGGAAACAAGAUGACGAUCGCCAGAAGCACGUUGGCCGAAAGCCUCCGGGAGCUGUACCAGUUCAGUGUCGUAGACUAUUGCGUGUUUGCGCUGAUGCUGAUCUUGUCGGCGGCCUGUGGUAUCUAUUUUGGAUUCUUCAAACGUUCGACCGGUGCUGACGACGAGGUGACACCGGAGAGCAGUAGCAGCGAUGACGACGAAAGUGGACACCAGCGGAAAAAGAAAAAAACCACCAGCACCUUCGGUUCGUCCACGAUGGACGAGUAUUUGCUGGGUUCGCGCAAACUGAAAGCAUUUCCGGUGGCGAUGAGUCUGGUGGCGGGCUACAUUUCCGGCGUUACGAUUCUGGGAACGCCGGCGGAGAUCUACAACUUCGGCACACAGUACUGGCUGAUAGUGCUGCCAAUUCUGCUCAUGGGGGUUGCCGUUUGCACCAUCUAUUUGCCGGUGUUUUGCUCGCUGAAGCUUAACUCUUCCUAUGAGUAUCUCGAGUUACGAUUCAACAGCUACGUCCGCUCGAUCGCUUCUGUGAUGUUCGUCCUUGACGAGCUAUUUUUCCUCCCAAUGAUCAUCUAUGUUCCCGCGUUGGCCUUCAAUCAGGUUACGGGGUUCAAUCUCUAUCUGAUCGGUGCGAUCGUUUGCGUCGUUUGCAUCUUCUACACGCUACUGGGCGGAAUCAAAGCGGUGGUGUUCACAGAUGCGUGGCAGGUGGUGGUGAUGUUCAUCUCCGUCGUGGUCGUCGUUAUCAUUGGUACGAUCGCGAUUGGCGGUCCCGAUAUCAUCUGGGAUCGGUCUCUUGACGGUGGUCGCAUCGAUUUUUUCAACAUGAGUCCCUCGAUGUAUGAGCGGCAAACCUUCUGGGCGGUGCUGAUCGGCGGCUUCUUCUACUGGACAUCGUUCAACUCCGUCAAUCAGACGAUGGUGCAGCGCUACAUGUCGCUGCCGAAUCUCAAGAAAGCGAAACUCUCUAUCGCCAUGUUCACCGUCGGCAUGGGAGUGUUUGUGUCGGUUUGCUGCUACGCCGGACUGCUACUGUACGGCAAGUACUACGAGUGUGAUCCGGCCUCGGUCGGGCUGGUGACGACGGAUGAUCAACUGUUUCCGCACUACGUGAUGGAGGCGGUGGGCAAGCUAAAGGGCAUCCCAGGACUGUUCAUUGCCGGUGUGUUUGGAGCCGCCCUCAGUUCGCUCUCGGUCGUACUGAACUCUACCUCAGCCGUGCUUCUGGAGGAUAUCCUGAAGGGCUUGUUUCGCGUCAAUCCGACCCCGUUCGUGGCGAACGUCUUUGUGCGGGGCAGUGUCGUUGUGCUGGGAUUGGCCGCGAUGGGUUGUUUGUUUAUUAUCGAAAAAUUGGGCGGCAUUUUGAGUGUAGCCACGUCGCUCUCUGCUAUUGCCGCUGGAACUACGUGUGGCAUUUUCACGCUCGGUAUGUUGGUGCCCUGGAGUAAUGCCAACGGGGCUCUGUUCGGUGGUAUUUCCGGUGCGCUGCUGUCCGGGUGGGUCUCACUCGGCAGUCAGUUUGCUGGGGCUGCUGGAGAGAUUGCCCCUCACAAGUUGCCCGUUUCGAUCGACGGCUGCAUCGAGGAUCUGGUGACGAACAUGACUUUGGUGAACCCAGUGUACCCGGACGAGGCGAGUGUCUUUCCGUUGUAUCGAUUAUCGUACCAUUGGAUCACGCCGAUCGGUGUGCUGACGGUGCUGGUGGUCGGUACGAUCGUGUCCUUCGUUACCGGCCCUCGCGAUCUGCGUCACAUCGAUCCGGAGUUGAUAUCACCGGUCAUCCAUCGCUUUUUACCGCAAGAAUCGUUCGGAAACUAUGGUACCACUAGCAGAACUGCGGACGGACCGCAGGCGAAUUUUUGUGAGGAAAUGCAACCCCAGAGCAGCGGCAGUGGUGUGGGAAGCGUUCCCUAUGGAACGACGACGACGCUAGGACGAAGCGAACAGUCACCGAAAUCUCGAUGA